UUCCUUGGUAAGCAUUGGUGAGACAAGCCUAAUGACCCACAAUACAGUUUCACCCCUGUAUAAAGGGAACGUCCUCUUUUCAUCAUGGCAGUGGUAGCCACUCAGACACAUGAGGGGGACCAAUCACAUCACCCUCAGUUGGCAGCUGAAGGAAGCCACCUUGGGGGUUUGUUCCAUCUGCCGGACGAUCUCUUCAGUGACUGCCCUGAGAUCAAUAACCUGGUUGCAUCCUUUGAGCCACUCUUUCCAGAAUGUCUUUCCACACCUCUGGGUUCCAACGAGGCAAGUGAGGGGACAUUCAGGGAAGCCCCAGGAAGCGAUGAGGUGUUAGCCACAGCAACUGUAAGGCAGGAGGCAAGACCUAAAUGUGACACUGCCAGUAAAAACCAACAGCAGAGUGAGGGGCAAAUCAAAGAUGAUAGCAAGGUUCCUAUUGUUACAGGAGCCAAGGGAAUGUGUGUGGAUACAUUGGCAGGCCAGCCCUCAAGUCAUUUCCCCAGGAUCUCUGCAGAGCCAGAACUGAGGAAAGAGGGAUUUGGAAAGAGCCGGAACACCGAUCCAAAGUCUGUGGUGUCAAAGGCGCCAGACUCUACAUUUUCUAACAUAAAGGGGAAGAGGAAAGCCAUUUUGACUGAAGACAAACUGGUGGGAAAUUUCCCCAGAACAAGUCUAGAGUUGGAGGCGUGCGGCUCUUCCCAGCGUCUUCAAGAAGGGCUGAGCGCCAAGUGCUCUCGAGGAAGCCAUCCCAGCCAGAAAAGCCAGGAAGAGAAAUGCAAGGAGGAGAGAAAGAUGCCUUGCCAAGACUUUCUGAGAAAGGGGAAGGCAAAAACCAUUGGGCUCCAGCAGGAAGCUUUAAGAAUGGGUGAGGACAUGCUGAACAGCAGCAAAUCCAAGACAGCAAAAAAUGAUUCCAAGCCGGGGGGAAAUCUUGGAGAAACUAAGAGUAGAGAGAAGGCCCAAGCUAAAGGGAACCUGGCUGGGGUAAAGGGAGAAAAGAAUGAGGUGCCCUCAAAGGCGGUCCCCAGAACCAACCUGGCUUUGCAGAUGAUAGAGUCUGUGCGAGUCUUCCAUCCCCUGGGCAAGAAGAAGCACAUAAUCUCCAUGCCUACUAAAAAGUCUGUGCAAGUCUUCCAUCCCCUGGGCAAGAAGAAGAACAUAAUCUCCAUGCCUGCUAAAAACAUCUCUCCACUAAAUUCUGCCAACAGCAGUUUUGCAAAGACAGAGGCCGCAUUGGAAAGACCUAUGCUGAAGAUAUCACAAAAGCUCAGGCUGGCCCCCCUGGCUCCGCUAAGGCUAGUGUCCACCGCCUUGCCAAAGCCCCAGCCAAAGCUGGCAGCCACUCCAUUGCCAGAGUCACCACCAGCACCCUCCCCCCUGUCAAAGUCACCUCCAGCGCCUGCCCCACUGACAAGGCAGCAGGCAGAUUUGUCACCUGCAAAACCUCCAACCUCUGUGUGGAAUCUGCUGCCAGAAACAUCCACUUCCUCUGAAGGAGUGCCAUCAUCUCCUCGGGGUUGCCCAGCCAGGGAGUGGGCAGUGCAGUCCAGUGUCCCUGCAGAAGGACCUGAUCCCCCGAUCCAGCUAGCCACGCCAGCUGCAAACCCUUGGUGGCUCUGCAAUGUCUACCCACUUGCAAUGAAGCUAGUGAAGCCUGCACUACCUGGGCAAUCUGUGUCUCCACCACAGGGAGAUCCAAAGCUUAUCACACAGAGGAGGACCCCAGGAAGCCCAGAAGAGUCACUACCAGUAAUGGAAGAGCAGCAAUGUGCUGAGGAGGUGAGGGAGAGAAAAGCUGAGGGAAACUCCAGCCCCAGGGAAGGACUUUUGGAUAUGGGAAAAGAGGAGGAAGAUUAUCUCUUUUAGACAUAAGCAAAAUUAUUGUGCCCAGUUUUAACAUGUGCUAUCCUGAGAGCUCUUAGAAAUGCUUUGGUGAUCUAUCAUAUCCUUGGACAACAACUAAGAAGUGGACAGGAACUGAAUGUUAUCCAGAUCUUUGGACCCAACGGGCACAUGAACAGAUUAAAAGAGACUUCCAUUAAUGUUGGAUGGAUGGACGAGGUAAGGGAUGUUGCAAAUUAACAUCCUCAGGGAGAAAAACCUCAAAAAAGUCUUUGGGGGGGGGUAGUAGCAGCUGCAGGAGCAGUUCCCAAGAUCUGACCAUCUCACUCCAAAGGGGUAGAAGACAUAAAGAUCCACCAACCUGAAAGUUUCCCAAUUUGUGGCUAUCCCUUUCAGCCAAUGCUGCAUCAUGACUGACAUCUUAUAAGGCUACCUACCCAUGAGGCUGCUUGUUCUCCAAUUACGAGAGACUAAUUUACAACACAAGUGUGAGAAAGCACAGUUAAGGUGGCAAGAAACCAGUGAUUUCUUUUGCAGAAUGUCUCAUCCUAGCAACCACUUCUCAUUCCUGUUGUUCCUUCACCAUUGCUCUGCACUUGUCUGGAACAGAAUAGGUGCCCCACCCCCUGGUGUCCAACAGGGGUACUCAUUGUUAGGUACUCAUUGUUAGGGGUAUUAUUCCUGAUCCUCUGCAAGGGACAAAGUUGUGUUGAUGGUCUUCUUUACAGUCAUCUGCUGGAAUUUUGCAGAUAGGAAGUGGAAGGAAAAGUGCCGUCAAUCAUUAACAAAACUGUUGGAAUCACACUUCUGUUUACAGCAGCUGAUGCCUUACAGUAAACCUCCCUAGGUCUAAAUGAACUCACAAACAGUUCCUAAACAAACAAGGGUCAAGGCAGCCCUCAGGUGAUGAAAGCCAGCUCCCCUUUUGCUUCUGAAAGUGCAUUGCAAUAAAUAAACAAAUCAGUAGAUAGGACACUGAAACAUCCAGGGUUUGGGGUGCAGCGAACCGGUCAGAAUCCCCAACAUUUAGAUAGGAGGUGGUUAUUUUGGCCCAAGGCUGUCUAUUUGAUGUGCUGGUCCUUAGUGACAAAGUGUAAUCUCUCCUUACUAUGUUCCAUCUCUCUAACAGCCAACAACAAGGGUUUCUGAAAAACAAACUAGAAAAAGUAGACGUACUCAGGAAGGGGUAGGUUAUUAUGGGCUGUAAUAUGAAGUGCCAGGUGCCAAAGUGGAGUGGAAAUGGCGGGGAAGGUGCCACUAAGCAAUGUUCCUGCAACUCCUGCUGGCCAAGCUAGUGAGGCUUAAUUGACCUCUGGAGAUCAUGCAAGCAAAGUGUCUGUGUUUACUUGUUUUACUGAGAUGCAUUAAUGCAUAUUGUUGUAUCGAUUAUAUGCAAGUCACACAGCAUCUUAAUUAUGGAGUCCAUAAUCUGGAAAAUAACUGAAUCAGAUCAUGCUCCAGUUAGGGAUUGCUCAACCCCCAACUUCUAAGUAUUCCUUGGUUGCUUUCCAAAGUUGGUUUGAGCUCUCUCUUUAUUACACACACACGGGGGGCAG